AUGUUGUCCUAUGGUAUUACGCUUUCGAAUCUCGAAAAUUCUUUACAUUCAAUAACUGAUGCUGCUCAUCUUUUAUCAACAAGUAGUGAACAUAAACAUGGUAUUUUACAUCGUUUACCUGGCAUGUCACUUAUUACUGAAUGGCCACAAGGAUCAUUCGUGGAGAAUCUUGCUGCUAAACAUGAUGGUCAUUUAUUAGUUACAGUUCAUUCAACGAAUGAAAUUUAUGAAGUUAAUCCUACAGUAUCAAAAUCUAAUCGAACACUAUUAACUACACUUCCAGUAGGUCCAACAGGUAUAACUGAACUUGAUUUUAAUCAUUUUUAUGUUAAUGCUGGCUCAGUUGGUCAACAUGGUACAUGGAGUAUAUAUAGUGUUACUAUUCAUCAAGCAACAAUACCAACUGCAUCAGUUCAAAAAAUUGUUGAUAUUGAUUCAGCUUUGUUCUUAAAUGGUCUUUGUGUAUUAUCAUAUGAACAUGGUACACUUCUAUCAGUUGAUUCAACGCUUGGACAAAUAUUUAAAAUAAAUGUUCAUACAAAACAAGUUGAAUUAUGGUAUGAAAGUGAUUUAUUAAAAAAAAGUUCACAUGAUAUACAUAUGCCUGGUAUAAAUGGUAUUCGUCGAUGUUCAGUUGAUGAUUAUCUUUAUUUGACAAAUACAGAUCGUGCUAUUAUCCUUCGUUUAGCAAUCGAUCCAUUUGAUUAUCGUCCAAAAGGACAAUUACAAAUAAUUUUACGUAAUAUCGUUUGUGAUGAUUUUACCAUUGAUCGUAUGGGUACUAUUUAUGCAACAACACAUGUACAUAAUUCUCUAAUGCGUUUAACACCAGUUAAAGAUGGAGAAUAUUUGAAAGAAGAAAUAGCAACAUUAGCAGAUGGUGUAGCUGGCGCUACAUCAUGUAUAUUUGGUAGAACAUAUCAAGAUCGAACAAGGUACGGUUCGAUUAUCAACGUAAUCAAAAUAGGGGGAGAUAGAAGUAUUAAAAUUGAUCACAUCAUUUUUAUAUACAAUUAA